AUAACAAUUUAUUUCUAUAUGCAGAGAGAAAAAAUGGGAAUAUAUUUUGGUGUUUUCGUUUUACUUGGGUGUUUCACUAACAUUAGUGGUCUGACAUGCUGGGAUUCUAAAUGGUUUAAUGAGUCAUCUACCUUAAAAAACGGAUCGAGUUAUGAGUUUCCGUCGGUUAAAGUGUUAGACAAGAUUUGUGUAGAUGGUUCAGCAGUUAUUGCUGCACGCUGUAAAGACGAAAAAGGAGAGCCAUUUAAUAUCACGAAGAACGACACUAUUAACCAUUACUAUGCAGUAUGUAAUCAAAUCAACGGACUUAUAUGUCAUCCAUAUAUGAAUGUAAGAAACGCAACUUGUCCAGACUUUGCUAUACAGUAUGGUUGCAGAGGCCCACCUACGGCACACACUGGAGGAACUGGUGCGCCAAAUGGAUGUGUUAACGUAACUACUAAUUAUACGACCACCGUUUAUGACGGGAACGGAAUUACAUCUGCCCGCAAACAUCAUUGCAAGAACAAUGCCCAGGGUUCUAAAAGCGUUGGAUUGUUGUUGGCUUUUUCGACAUUGGUGUUGAAAUUGGUCUUACAAGCAUUUAGCAUCGACUAUAAAUGAAUGCACCCACAAUACAAUGAAUAUUCAUUGUUUUCUAGACGUUAUAUUAUUUAUUUGUUGUUUCUAAAUUCUCUCAUUACCAUGAUUUCCAAUUAUUGAUAAACAAAGAUGUCAUAUUCUGAACAUAAUUAUAAUUUCAUUAUUCUGUGUGACACAUGAAUUUUCACAUAAAUAUUAUUUUUUAAGAAGGGUUGUUUGAAUUCUUUCAGAUCCAUUUUAUAAUCAAGAAUUAGAUUUUACAUUAUUUACAUUAUAUUCCUUUUCCGGCUGA